UCUGUUCCCGCAAAUAUAGCACUCGCUCUCUUUCUUUACGACCUGGCGAAUGCUUGUGGACCUUGGAGACAUGUCGAAGACGCUCUGCGUGCUCGGGGUCUUGUCAAUAUGUCCUCCGGUCCGCUACUCGCACGCUUGGAUGUUCAGCGGAUUGUUUGCCUGAAUGCUGCCAGCCUUCGCAGGGCUCGCAAGGUUGACGACCUCCUACCGUGUUCGCAUAUAUCCCAUCAAAGCAGUAACGAGUUUUCGUAGGCUUGCAAGUAUGGGAGCAUUAGCGACUCAAACAGUGGAUACCACUAAACGUCUGGAGGCCCUCCGGUCGUUAAUGUCCAGUUCUGAACAUAACGUCACUGCCAUGGUAAUUCCGAGUGAAGAUCAGCAUAUGAGCGAAUACAUUGCAGCUUGCGACGAGAGGCGAGCGUAUAUCUCGGGCUUCAACGGCUCGGCAGGAACCGUCAUCGUUACUUUGAAGGAUGCCUUUCUCUUCACGGAUGGGCGCUAUUUCCUUCAAGCUGAGAAGCAGCUCGAUAGCAACUGGACCUUGAUGAAGUCUGGUCUACCAGACGUUCCAACUUGGCAAGAAUUUCUAUCGAAGAACCUCGAAAAGCACAGCAGGAUCGGUAUCGAUCCUACUCUUAUUACUGCUGCGGACGCUGAGUCGCUGGAAACCUCGUUGAAGGCCAAGGAAUCUCAUCUAGUCUCUCUCACCGACAACUUGGUUGAUUUCAUAUGGGAAGAUCGACCUCCGCGUCCUGCAAAUAAGGUUUUCCCAUUGGAUGUCAAGUAUUCAGGAGAAUCUCAUCAAGACAAGCUCAAGCGCCUACGAGAAGAACUCAACAAGAAGCCUUACAAGGCGAUGGUCGUGAAUAUGCUUGACGAAGUUGCUUGGUUGUUCAAUCUUCGCGGGUCCGACAUCGACUUCAACCCGGUUUUCUUUGCAUAUGCUGUAGUGACCCACGACAAUUCACUGCUAUUUGUCAAUACCUCCCAAGUUGACGACGUAGUUCGUACUCACCUCGGUGAUCCAGUCCAGAUCAAGCCGUAUGACGAAUUCUUCCCUUACCUUCGAGGCUUGGGCGGAGAGGUAGACUUGAGCGACGAACUGCAAGUGCUCGUGGGCGAUAAAUGCAACCUCGCCAUAGUUGAAGCAAUUGGACGUAUAUGCCCUCAUGUCAUAAAGGAAAGAAUCACGAUCUUGCGGUCACCAAUCGCCGAUUUCAAGGCCAUCAAGAAUGAAACUGAAAUUGAAGGCUUCAGGCAAUGUCAUAUUCGAGAUGGCGCUGCAUUGACGAGGUAUUUCGCGUGGUUGGAAGAACAGCUUAACAGUGGCACACAAUUGAACGAGAGCCAAGCUGCUGACAAGCUUGAAGAGUUUCGUUCCGAACUCGACCUCUUCCGCGGCUUAUCCUUCACAACCAUCUCAUCUACAGGACCCAAUGGCGCUGUUAUUCAUUAUUCCCCGGAUCCAGCGGAUUGCUCCAUCAUUCAGAAGGAACAGAUAUAUCUAUGUGACUCUGGCGCUCAGUUUUUGGAUGGAACGACAGAUGUUACCAGGACAUGGCACUUCGGCAACCCAACUGAUGAAGAGAAGCGUGCAUUCACUCGUGUUCUGCAAGGCCACAUCGCGAUCGAUACAGCAAUAUUCCCCAAUGGCACAACUGGCUACAUUAUUGAUUCGUGGGCGCGCCGGCCUCUAUGGGAGGAUGGACUAGAUUAUCGACACGGCACAGGUCACGGCGUUGGCCACUUCCUUAAUGUUCACGAAGGUCCCCAGGGCAUUGGCGUGCGGAUUGCCUACAACAGCACUGCACUUAAGUCAGGAAUGACUGUUUCCAACGAACCUGGAUACUACGCUGAUGGUCGAUUCGGCAUCCGUAUCGAAAAUAUUGUUAUCGUUCGGGACGCACAAACUCCUAACAACUUCGGUAACAAGGGAUACCUGAAGUUUGAGCAUGUUACGCUGAGUCCUAUCCACAAGAAGCUAAUCGAUGCGUCACUGUUGACUGCCGCCGAGAGAUCAUGGUUGGAUGCUUAUCAUGCUGAAGUUCUGGACAAGGUUUCGCCGUUGUUGAAGAAUGACACUAGGGCAUUGGCAUGGUUGGAACGAGAAUGUUCUCCGUUGUAGUAAUUCAGACGACAGGGUGAGGAAUACGAAGAAGAUUAAAUAUGUACGUUGUAUGCACGUAUACCGUUGUACCUCACGGCGUCAAUUGGAUACCCUUGUAGCCUACUUCUUUUCUCGGAGUUGGACAUGUGUCGUGCAUCGAGACCUCACCAUGAUCAACCGUGGUGACCGAUGAAGAUCCAAUAAUUCGUUAUUCCUCGUCUCUAUCGUGAUUCGUUUCUAUCGUGACAAGCGUUUCUAGCCCCACUUCAAGUUGACGUCAAGGGCUGACCGGCCAUCGCCUGCGUGAACAUCUGCAAAGCAGCCUGACCCCUGCUGAGCUUUCCAUAGGUGUAUGCAGGAACUUCAUGACCACUGUAACGAAUUGUGAGG